AUGCCGCCAUCGAAGUUCAUCCACCCAGCAGCGAUGCUGCCACCACCUGCAGUCAAUCGCUCGAAGACCAAGCGAUCCAUUGCUCCGCCAAGUUCAUCGCCAGCCAGUUCUUCUCAGCCACGCAGCGUUGGUAUGUUGCAGCAGCUCAAUCGCGAAGGAGUCGUUGUGGCCGUGAGACAUAUUGUGCCCGGUAAAGAGCUUCUUGUUGGCAGAGAUCGCCAGAGAUGCCAACUGUACAUCGACGAUCCUCAUGUUUCUGCCCGUCACUUACGCAUCUACACGAUCACUUACGACAGUGAUGAUCCUACGGAGAUCGGUACACUGGUCUACGCGGAGGACUUGUCCCGGAACGGUACCUUCUGGCAUGGCUCCUUGAUAGGUAAAGGAAGAGGCGGCUUCCUUUUGAGCGAAGACGAUAUCUUGAAGCUCUCUGCCGAGGUCAGCUUUCGAUUCAAGAUGCCAUAUCCGCGUGAGCAAAAGUCGUACUUUGACGAAGUCCUCGACGAAGAAAUGGAAAAAUUCAAACAAUCGUACACAGUCACAGAUCGCUUGCUGGGCUCGGGCUCGUUCGGCAAAGUCUUCAUGGCUGUUGAGCAGAAAAGCCGUGUACAACUUGCAUGCAAGAUCGUGGAUCUAAGACCGCUACAGCGCAGAAUGCGUUUUGGAAAACCUGAAGAGCCCCUACCUGCGGAGGAUGUCAACCUCAAAACCCAGGUGCGCAAGGUCAAAGUUUGGAGCGAAAGACAGAAACCGGAGAACCAGCUGGAUCCGAAGCUCAGAACAUACUAUCGAGAGUUCGAAAUCCUGUCAAGCAUCCGCCACCCCAACAUCAUUGGGCUGGAAAAGGUCUUCGUGACUGACAACACAAUCUUCAUUUUCCAGGAUCUGAUCACCGGCGGGGACCUCUUCUCGUACGUCGAGUCCAAGAACGGCAGACUUACAGAAGUCGAGGCCGCUGUCAUCACCCGCCAAAUCACACUCGCCGUGGCCUUUCUCCAUGGCAAUAAUAUUGUCCACAGAGACCUGAAGCCAGACAACAUCCUCAUGACCGAGCUGUCUACAGGAUGUCGCGUUGUCUUGACGGACUUUGGUGCGGCCAGAAAAAUAAGUUCUCCUUUGAGUCGGAUGGUCUCGAUUGCAGGGACAGUGGAAUAUGCUGCGCCUGAGGCUGAGCAAGACUUGCAGGGAUCGUCUCCUGGCUACACCAAAGCUGUUGACAUGUGGUCGCUUGGCUGCAUUACAGCUAUUCUGUUGACGGGAGCAUCAGCCUUUGCCGAUCCUGCGACAAGAAUCUUUUCCGAGACUCUUGCCAGACAGGCUAAUCUUGACGCUCUUCACACGUCACGGGAAUGGCUUGCAGUACGUGAGCGUCCGAAAGACUUUGUGGACAAACUCCUCCUACUCGAGGAGCACAAGCGGAUGACUGCUCAGCAAGCUUUGAAGCACGAAUGGUUUUCGAAUGAUUUUCACAGAGCAGACUUCGAAGAGCUGUACAAGCGAACUAUCAAGCACUGGGUAGCCAGACCUACAAGAACUGACCUCAUCAAAUUUAUGGGAGCUGGUAGGCUACGACGCAUUGCUGAGUCUGAGGGUGUGUUCGAGGGGAAGCGUGCAGGCACUUUCUCUGGGGCCGCCAAAGCGGGCAAGGCAAUCGAAGCGCAUAUGCAGCCUUUUCCAAGACAGAUGCAUUCCGCUCUAUGGCCACCAAAGAGACCACAUCCAGGUUACAUAUCGCCUACGACAAAAGCGAUAAUCCAAGAAAGCUGGCCGUCACCACACAGUCUCGAUGCACGUUCCGACGAGGACCCGCAGCCCAAGUCAAAGCGCCGGAGGACAAGUUCUCCUUCUGUCGAGGUCUCACCAACCAAGACCAUGCAGAAAACUCCUGGGCUCAAAUCGAAGCUACUUCCAAAGAGUCCGGUCUUACCGUGUACACCGCGCAGGAUCGGCAAAACGCUGAGCAACACUUCUAUGCCUCUGAGACCUGCAGCUGCAGAGACACAACGCAAUGUGCGAAGAGCUGACACGACUGCGCCCUGGAUGGCUGCCUCCGUUGCGAAGAACGUGUCCAUCCCCCAAACAUCGGCUGCAAGUGAUCUGGAAAGCCCAUCGAAAUCGGGCAGUGAAUCCAGAUCAGCUCCUGGGCUUAAACGGAUGUCCAGCUUCCGUGACGUCUCGCUUGAGCUAGAAAGUCCAAGCAAACCGCCGAACAGCAGCCUCAAACGACGUCCAUUGUCGACGCUUUAG